AUGUCUGAAGAAGAUAUUACCAUCUGCACCGACGAUGAUACAGAGUUUUGGGAAGGUCAAUAUAGGGAUGGUUUAAAAAAUUUACUUAUUAUUCUAUUAUGUAUAUUGUGCAGUACGUUAACUACGUAUCUUAUAAAUAAUCCUUAUGGUAGCUAUAUUCCAAUCAUAUUAAUAGCCAUCUUUGAAUGGCAUAGAUCCUAUACACGACAGACACGUUCAUAUCUUGGUUUAUGUAGAUUAUUAUUAUAUUUAUUAGUUAUUAGUUUAUGGGUUGUAUUUAUAUUAAGACUGACUAUUCAAAGCAUUGGUUUACUAUUAGGUUAUCAUCAUAUACCAAUGGGACAAGUUCAACACUUAUUUCCAUAUGCAUUAAUAUUUACUACAUUUGCUAGAAAUAAACAUGAUAUGUCUUUACAUGAUAAAAGACGUUAUAUUAUACAUUUAUUAUAUGACUUACCAGCAUUUUUAUUAGUAAUAAUUUUCAAGUUAUUGAAUCAUCCAUUAAACUCAUUGUAUAGUCAAAUUACGACAAAUUGUUAUUUAGGUUGUUUACCUACUGCUGCUGAUGUAAAAAUGUUGAAUAAUAUUGGAAUUCAAUGUGUUGUAAAUAUGUGUGCCGAAUAUAGGGGUCCACGUGAAACAUAUAAAAAAUAUAAUAUGAAACAGUUGCAUUUACCAACCAUAGAUUGUACCGCACCAUCACUAAAGACAAUAGAAAAAGCAAUCAAGUUUAUGAAUGAAGCAUAUACAAAUAAUAAAAAAAUAUUUGUUCAUUGUAAAGCUGGUAUGGGAAGAAGUGCAACCAUUGUGUUAUGCUAUUUGGUUGCCAAUGAAAAUAUGUUACCAGAAGAUGCAUUAAAAUUAUUGAAAGAAAAAAGACCUGAAAUAACAACUAGUAUUAUCAAAUAUGCACCUGUGAAACAAUUUUUAGCUUCAUUGAAAAGAAAUAAAGCACAAUAG